AUGCCUCCAAUUUACAUUGCAGAGACGCUGCGGCUGCACCCCUCGGAGCCAGUGCUGAGCCGCGAGUGCCGGCAGGCGUGUUCGCUGGGAGGCGAGCGGCUGCAGCCGGGGGACCGCGUCCUGGUGCCCGUCUGGUCGCUCAGCAGGGACUGCGGGCCACACGGCUUCCAGCCAGACACAGGCGUGGAGACGCCACAGCUCGUCUUCGGCGGGGGACCGCGAAAGUGUGUCGGCUACAGACUGGGUCUUCUGGCCAUCAGGAUCCUGAUCGUGGAACUGGUGUCUCAGUACCGGUUGUUCCCCGCUGGAAACGCGAUCGGUCUCAAGAAGAUUGACGACGAGUAG